GCGAUCUCGACCUCGCGAUCUCGACGUCCUGUGUCCUUAACCCAGCGGCACGCAAUCAUGCCAAUGUGUUCCUCGGACUUCGCGGCCUCGGCCGGCUGAUGUUGUACAACAAUGUCCCCGUAUCAGUGCACCAUCAUCACCAUCACCACGACAAGCUACCACCACAUGAAAGUCCCGCUCUCCUUCCAACGAUCUGCUCAUCUAAUAGUUGGCAUCUGGGAAUGGGUUCGCAUAUCCGGUUUUCGGCGAUUUUGGUGAAUAGAAUGUUUUAGCAAUAUGUACCCUGCCGCUUGAACUCGCACUGUUGCGCUCCGUUGUGUGAGGGGAAAUUUGGGAUUACGGCUGCGUAUGGGGACAUUGCGGCGCAAAUUAGUAACACGUUGGGAGGUUUCAUGAUUUGUGAGUUCGCAUUUCGAUAUUUCCACCCGGGACUCGAUCUGACGUUGGCCCUGCUGGUGAAGGAUUCGCUAGUUAAGCUCCUGAUGGAGGAUACUCCGCGAUUUUUGCCUAAAAUGCGUAAGACGGCAGGAUCAGUGAGCAGGAGGUUUUGGAGGAGACUUCUCGGUUGAUACCAUGUCGAUCGGGGGUGUGAAGGCGAACGGCGGGUUCACUGAUAUUGAGAUUGAUUUCGCGCUAUUAUUCAUACAUGACAUGUUACGAGGUUGGGGAAAUAUUUUUUACACCGG